CCUUAAAAAUUAAACCCCUAAAACACUCUCUUCUCAGAACUUCACGAUGAUAAGAGAAAGUUUAUAAACCCUAGCUUUCUCCAUCUCAAUUGAUCGUGAUCGACCCUCCUCCCUCCGCCGGCACCGCUCAUCAUCUCAUCUCGCGCGACCCUUCUCUCCACCGGCACGACGCAUCUUGCGUGACCCUCCCCUCUCCGCUGUUGAGGUUGAUGAGGACAUGUUAAUAUUGGUUAGAGGUUGUGUUAAGCCAUUAAGGCAGCAAGGGGGUCAUGGUGUACUUUUACUAGGUGAUUUGGUUUUUAUGACUGAGUUGAUGAUUCUGGUUCGUGAUCCUUAUGUUGGGUGUUAACUGGCGAGGUCUAAUCUAUGCUUGGAGCUGUUCCAAGCUGGUUCCAAAGUUUUUAUAAGCUUUUAUUUCUCGAUUUUUAGUAUCCAUGUAAAUGUAAUGUAUCUUUUGCGAUUUAAAGUUGGUGUUGUUUGGGAUUUGGAAUUGACAUAGAAUGUAGAAUUAAAUGCUACUGGAGAAUGCUGAAUUUUUCAUAGAUAUUUAUAUUGUUUGCAUUAUGUGUCAAGUUAUCUAUUACAUUUGCAUCAAUUAGAAUCUGCCUUGAACUAACUCUUCUCUUGCACUUAUUUCUAGUGCUUACAGAUUAAGUAGGGCUGUAUCAUCUGUGAUGUUUGCAUGGGCAAGUACUUUUGUGGGACAUGCAAACUCUUUGAUGAUGGUGUAAGUGAUUCAUCUUGGAACUGAAGAAUUUUGUGUGUGAGAUGUUCAUAAACUGGUGCUCAUUACUAAACCUAAGGUUCUCAACUAAGAAAGAUCCAGAGUGGCUAAAGGACUUAAGGGAACAAGAGGUUGUCAUCAAAUGUGACGAAGGAAUCCAAAUGAAUCUGUUAUGAUUUAGACUAUACUGAUUUGUUGCAAUUGAAGUUGGAAUGGCUCCAAAUGUUUUCUAUUGUCUCAAGAUUUUGAAGCCUCCGCAUAUCCACUUGUCCUGGCUUAGGAUUUGGACAUAAAGAAAUGGCACAUACUUAUCCAUUUGUUUUUGCAAAUUUAACCCAUGGUCAGAAUUUUAUCCUCUAUUCUAUGCUAUUUUAUAGAGUAACCCCAGAUGCUUGCUGUUAUGGCUUGUCAUAGGCUGAGAUGUGAUUUAAGUAGGCCAAAUAAGAAUUAGGCCUUCUUCACUUUAACUUCUUCCUGAACAUUUAAAGUUCUUCAGAACAUCAUUUAUUUGAGUUAAUAGAUUUCUUUUGAUUGUUGUUUGAUACCUUUGUUUCAGUUUCCUUUUCAUUCAAUUUUGGGUCGCCAAUAAUACUUUUAGAGGACGAUUGGAUCUAGAUGGUUAGGUAAUAUGUUGUUAAGUAAAUUGUUAGAAAUUUCUUAUCAUGUUAGCACACCUAUCUAUCAUUAUAUUAGGCUUAAAAUUUAAAUGUUAGAUUGCAAGCUCAGGUGAAAAAAAAGUAGCUGAAAAGGUAAAAAAAAAAACACUUUGAUGGCCACGGUUAAAAAACUGUGGCAGAAAAGACAUUAGUAAACCGUGGCAUUAAUGGCACAGAGAAACCGUGGCAAAUGUUUUAAAUAAACCAUGGUUGAAAUUUCUAGAGCCACGGUUUCUCAAACGCGGUAUUAUAUAAACCGUGGCGUUAGGAUUUUGUGAGAACCGUGGCUUUAACUUGAUAAAACCGUGACACUUGGGCUUAGCCACGGCCGCAUACACUGCGACACGAAAACCGUUGCCAAACCGCGGCGUAAGCUUUCAGCCACGGUUUUUUAACAUGUUGCCGCGGUUUUCUGUCCGCGGCAGAAGGCCAAAAAUGUUGUAGUGUGAGUGUAUACUAAAUGUUUUCAUUUAGGUCAUAAGCACCACAGACAAGCAAGCCUACAAUAUUUGCAAACCCUUCAACCCUUUGCAGAACACCAUAAUUGUAGGGUCCUCAAAAGGAUGGUUGAUUCUCAUAUCUGAUCAAAGUCUCUUUAUCCUCAACCUCUUUUCGAAGCUUCGCCUUAACCUCCCUCCUAUUAGAACGAUGCCAUGUUUGCUUUGUUCCAAGGGUGAUGAUUGCUUUGGCAUGCACAGACCCGUAGCUUUCACAAUUUCAAUGUGUCCCAACAUGAACCCCACCCUGGUCGCAAUAGUCACUUACAAGGGUGACCUUGGGUGGUGCAAGGUGGGAGACACUACAUGGAAAGGUUACCACACAAGUGAUAAAGUAUACUCCAAUGUGGCUUUUCAUGAUAACAAGCUUUAUGCCGUGGAACGAGGUGGUUUGAAAGUGAACAUGUUCAAGUAUGAUGAGGGAGUGCUUGUUCAGGUUGGUAGUGUGGAAUCCAUUGACCCUAUUGAACAUGCUCCUAAUCUAUCAGGAACCAUUAGGUCCUAUUGCAUGACCAUUUACUUGGUGGAAUGUGGAGGGAAUGUUUUGGUUGUGAAGAGAUUCUCUGAUGACACCAAAUUUCACACACCUACUAUAGAAUUUGUUAUUUUUGCGGUGGAAGAAAACUGCACCACGCCUCAAUUAGUGAAGGUGGAGAAUUUGGAUGAUCAUGUUUUGUUUGUAUCUAACAUCAACAUUGAAUGUCUUGAUGCAAAGUAUUGUCCAAAGUUUCAGCGUGGCAACGUGUAUUUCACUGGCUUCUCAGAAAACUCCUUCAUUACUGAAGUGGGAGUGUUCUCUAUUUCAGAUAGAACUAUACAUAAGAUUCCUCUCCCCAACCCUCAGAUGCACUCUCCAUCUCCAAUUUGGAUGAUGCCCAGGUUCUCGUUUGAAUGUGAUUGUCAAGUGUGCACCUCUGCACCGUGGUUUAGGCCCAGACAAUUGAGGAAAAGACAUAUGUUGAGUAAAAUCAGUGUUGAGUGAGUAGUGUUUGGAUCUUCAGGCUGAGUGAACUUCACCAUCUAAUAAUACAU